CUGAACUCUAAACUUGCGGGUUUUCAAGCUAUACGUUACAUAUAGGGCAUAUUGGUUUCUCGUGGCAUAUUUAUUCAAGAUAAUGCCUAGAUUUGCCCAGCUGGUGAUAGGGCCAGCUGGUUGUGGGAAAUCAACUUAUUGUAGUACAAUGCAAGCUCAUUGUGAAACAUUGAGGAGGAAAGUUGAUGUGGUCAAUUUGGACCCUGCAGCGGAGUUUUUUGAAUAUACUCCACUAGCGGAUAUACGAGACCUUAUUCAUUUAGAUGAUGUAAUGGAAGAUGAGGCUAUACGUUUAGGUCCAAACGGUGGACUUAUUUUCUGCUUAGAAUAUCUUCAACAAAAUUUGAACUGGUUGGAUACUGCACUUGGUGAUAUAGAUGGAGACUAUUUAUUAUUUGAUUGUCCUGGUCAAAUUGAAUUAUACUCACACCUACCGAUUAUGCCACGAAUAAUUGAAUAUAUGCAAAGAAAAUGGGAUUUUCGUUUUGUUACUAUAUUUAUUUUGGAUGCUAGAUUUCUCGUAGAUUCAUCACAUUUUCUAGCUGGUGUAUUGUCUGCUCUCUCUGCUAUGGUAUCCUUAUCAACUGCUCAUAUAAACGUAAUGUCUAAACUUGAUUUGUUAUCUGAACAAAAACAAAAAUAUGUCAUGGCUCGUUAUCUAAAUCCUGAUAUGGAUUACUUUUUUGAUCUGGAUCAAGUAUUUGAUGAAGAAGACGAUGGGGAACAUCACGAAAAGGAAGCCCCAUUUAAUAAACUUACUCAUGCACUAGCUGAUUUGAUUGAGCGUUACAGUGUAGUUCAUUUUGUCCCAUUAAACAGGGAUAAAGAAGAUACUAUAACAGACUUACUAGUUCAAAUUGAUCAAUGUUUACAGUAUGAUGAAGAAGUUGAUCCUUCAAAUCGAGCGUUUGACGAUGCUGAACAAGAGUUAGUUAGAUUUCAAGGUGAAAAUGAUGGUGACGAGGAUGCUUCACGGAACUCUGGAUAAACAGACUAUUAUCAAAAACUUUGUAUAUAAUCAUGAACAAUAAAUCGUAAUUUUUGUAACACUCCGUUUUUUUCGUAAACCAAAAUAUUAGUUUUACGUCCUCAUACAGAUUCUUUUUAGAUUAUUGAAAUAAAUUAUGAAGUAUUCCUAAUCCUGACUGGUUCCCUUUCAUUAUGGUUACUUGAAAUAUUAUGCAAAUCAGUCAACUCAGGUUCUCAUAUACAUUUGUUUUUGGAAACUCUUACCCAUGGAUUAACUGGUUCAAUGUUUUGGCUAUGUUGUUUGAUUAGUAUAAAUGGUAAACUAGAUUUAUAUACCACAGGUUACCGAAAAAAUAUAAUUAUGACUGUUGAGUCAUGUUUUUGGGCAGCAUUCGGUGCAAUACUACCGGAUAUCGAUCAUUUUAUAGCUUCAAGAAGUACAAGCAUUGAACUUGCACGUCAACUUCCUGGUAGACCAUUUUUACAUUGGGCUGGUUUAUAUUUACUUAUUUAUACUCUUUUAAUUAUUGGUUUAUUUUUCAUAUCUUAUCCUAUAUGUUUAAAAUUCAAUAGAGUUUUCACUAUAUUUUGGUGUUUCAUAUUUAUUCCAUUUAUAAGUCAUAUUAUACGUGAUGCAAAUAAACGUGGUUUAUGGUUAUGGCCUCCACCAGACUUUUAUACAUUAAUGAAUCUAUCAAAUUUUACAUAUAAUAUAUUAUAUUCUAGUAAUCCGGGAAUGAUUCAUUUAAUCAGAACAUUUUUAUUGUAUUUAGUUGUUUUAAUGUUUAUCAUUUUAGUAUUCCGUCAAUAUGCUUAUUCUUUUCAUUGGGAUAUAUCCAAUUUUGCACCAAUAACAUCUUAUCUUAUUGGUAAAAGUAAUGAAUUUUAUAUAGACCAUACAUUUGUUGUAUGAAACACAUAAUCUUUUGGAUACAAUAAAACUAUCUAAAUAGUACAUUAUUAAUCAGUGUGAUAUUUUGUAUAUAUCUAUAUUCUAUUAUCUAAUUAAUAUAAUGAAAUAUACUAUCUUAGUGAUAUCUUAGUUUCUUG